AUGGCAGCUUUGGUACAGACGAUUCCUCAGCAAAGCAGCGCGGUUCCGGUGCUCCAAACACGCCCCUCUUCCUCGUCGGGUGCUUUCACAACUUCUCAGUCCUUACAACAAACGGACUCUCGAAAUCCCGCCAUGUCCUGGAAUACCUACAACACGACGGGCAAUUCGGGGGGCUAUCGGCCCGGUCAUCAGGUUGUGGCCCCCUACGCCUUUACCAGCACUCCCAACCUCUCUAAUUCACCCAACUUGCAGAACCGUCAGUCAUGGUCUCCUAGUUUGAGGCCCGAGCAUCGGACGUCCUCUGCUCCCUCUGCUCCCCAACUCCCCGCGAAUGCCUCCCUCGUCGGAAACAAUUCCCGUCCCGUUCAUCACACUGCAGCUGGUUCUGUAUCUACUUCAUCUUCUAACUCCUCCGUCCAAUCACACAUGUCCAAAGACGAUACGGCGAUUCCUUCUCGCCAGCUUCGCGGUGAUCCUUCUAUUCGUCCCUUAUCUACCGCCAAUUUGCCUUCUCCAACACCUUCCUUCAUGAACAUAUCCUCGCCUACAGUAUCUCGUCCUUCACCCGACCGAUACCGUCGUGGGAACCGUCGUUCGGAUGCCUCUGCAGGUGCACGCUCAUCUCCACCAAUUCUGGAUGAAAAUCCCCAGAACACGACAUCCGCUGGUUUAUCAGGAGUAAGAAGUCUGAUACCGGAGGGUAAAGGUCAUACCCGGGCUACCAGCGCAGAUGAUAAUACUCGAUCGGAUAAGCCGCAACCAGAGUUGGCAAAGAGGUAUCGACGGAGGAGCUGGGGAAACAUGGACAACACUGGCCUCAUCAAUCUUGAGCUCAAGUUGCCCGCGGCAUCCCCAAUCCCAAUGCCGAGUGGGCAAGACUAUUUCAAUCAAGAUCGGCCCAGUUCGGCUCAGUCACAUAGGGAUAUUUCGGGAAGUAUACGUUCUGCUCGCUCUUCCACAUCAUCCGUUGCUGAUUCCGGCACUGUGCCGCCGAAGCCUGCUACAAAGUCGGAAGAUACCAAACGCACGCCAAAGCCCUCCCCGCUCUCACAACCUGUUUCUACAACCCCUACCUCACCAGAAACCUCGCAGUCAACUCAGCGAGAACCACCCAAACUGGCGAGCCCUGCUUCGCAACGCCUGGCUGAGCUCUCCAAGAACGAUUCACACCGGCCUGGCAAGUCACGGUUAAGAAGAGCCUUUUCAUUUGGUAGCGCCUCGGAACUCCUCAAGGCCUCGCAAAACAGUCACCGCAAAGAUGGGCUUUCGGUAGACAAGUCUCGCAGGGAACUCCUGAAGGAAGAGCUGGGUGCCGAACAAGCUGCCAUAGCUGAACAGCAAGAAGCCAGUGGCCUUGGAGAAAGCAUAUACUCCCACCACCAGGGUCGUUUCUUCAACAGCUCCACGGAUAACCUAUCCAUCUCCUCCACCGCUUCCUCCGCAUCAAUCAUGUUACGGAAAAUGGGCAAAGGGAUGAAACGAUCGACCAGGUCACUAGUUGGCCUAUUCCGACCAAAAUCAGUCAUUGCAUCUUCACCAGAUGAUAUAACAGCGGAGCCAAUGGCGCCACAAGUGUCGGUCGUGAAUAUCGAAGCAGAAAGGAAAGGCGUUGCGGCAAAUGCAGAUCCUACGGAUCUUCCUCAUGGUGGAACCGUAUUUCCCAAGGUGGAUUCCACGGUCCUUCCCGCUUCUGGCCAGGAUGACCUGACAGAAGCGCUGCAAUCGCGUAAAAGCAUUGUAGGAGGAGAUCGGGAACGCGCAGAGGUCCUUGCAGCUGUAAGGAAGGGUAUUCUCAAGAAAACCAACUCUGACAUAGCACUAUCCGCAGCCGCUAAGUCCGGCAAUGUUACAGAGAAUGGCACGGAUUCGCCACAAUCCAGCGCGCCAAGUACACCUGAAGAUCAACCUCGGACGGGGAUUCGACGCCCGGACGCGGUCAAAAUUGCCGGUGAAGAUGAGGUACCUGAAGCGAAAAAUGGUUCACUUGGACCACCGGCGGUGCCUUCAAAGAGCCUCGUGUUCAGCCCUCGAAUUCAGUUCCACGAGACAUGGCCCAGCGGGGAGUAUGACCGCCGGGGAGAUAUCGCGACUUGCAACCGACUCACUCCACUACUCGCUCAGCAGAUUAAGGAGGAGCUGAAUUCGUUCAAGAUGGAGAUGGAAGUUCACGAAACCUCGAAAAUCUAUACUCACUUUCUCUGA